AUGUCUCCCUCAGCUGUUGACCCCCCCGCGUCCGUCGGCAACGUUAAGCCGUCCAAGGCCAACAUUGGCGUCUACACCAACCCCGCACACGACCUGUGGAUUGCGGAGGCCGAGCCCAAGCUGGAGGCCGUCCAGGCCGGAGAGGGACUGGCACACGGCGAGGUCACCGUGGCUGUCAGGAGCACCGGUAUCUGCGGAUCCGAUGUUCACUUCUGGAAGCACGGAUGCAUCGGACCCAUGAUUGUUGGGGGCGACCACAUCCUCGGCCACGAGUCCGCCGGUGAGAUUCUGGCCGUUCACCCCAGCGUUACCCACCUCAAGGUCGGCGACCGUGUCGCCAUCGAGCCGAACAUCAUCUGCAACGCUUGCGAGCCCUGCUUGACUGGUCGCUACAACGGCUGCGAGUCGGUCCAGUUCCUGUCUACCCCCCCCGUUCCGGGUCUGCUGCGUCGAUACGUCAACCACCCUGCCGUGUGGUGCCACAAGAUCGGUAACAUGUCCUACGAGGAUGGUGCGAUGCUGGAGCCCCUGAGUGUUGCUCUGGCUGGUAUGCAGCGUGCCGGCGUGCGCCUCGGCGACCCGGUCCUCGUCUGCGGUGCUGGGCCCAUCGGUCUGAUCACUCUGCUCUGCGCCAAGGCUGCCGGUGCUUGCCCGCUGGUUGUCACUGAUAUCGAUGAUGGACGUCUGGCCUUCGCUAAGGAGCUUGUGCCCAGUGUCAUCACCCACAAGGUUGGCCGUGGCACUGCCGAAGAGGAGGCCCAGCGCAUCGUUGAGUCUUUCGGAGGCGUCGAGCCUGCUGUGGCUAUGGAGUGCACUGGUGUCGAGAGCAGCAUUGCCUCCGCUAUCUGGGCGUGCAAGUUUGGCGGCAAGGUCUUCAUCAUCGGUGUCGGCCGCAACGAGAUCAACAUCCCCUUCAUGCGCGCCAGUGUCCGCGAGGUUGACGUUCAGCUGCAGUACCGUUACUGCAACACCUGGCCCCGUGCCAUCCGUCUGGUGGAGAGCGGCGUGAUUGACCUCAGCAAGCUGUGCACACACAAGUUCAAGUUGGAGGAUGCUCUUGAUGCCUUCGAGACAGCCAGAGACCCCAAGACUGGCGCCAUCAAGGUCCAGAUUCAGAGCUUGGACUAA